CCAGUUGACGCUACCUUAGGAACCACCAAUGUUCGUGUUCUCUGGUCCAGCCGCCCCAUCCUCGCCAGCGGCACGCUGAUUCUCGUACUAAUGGCUUCGAAGAACAUCUCGCGUAUCAUAUUCGUUACCGGCAACAAAAACAAGCUGCGGGAAGUCGUGACUAUUCUGGGCAAGAUUCCUGGUUUCGAGUUAGACAACCGUGCGGUGGAUUUGAUGGAGCCUCAGGGCGAUAGUGACACCGUCUGUCGAACCAAGUGUGAGGAAGCUGCACGCCUGGUGGGUGGUCCGGUGCUGGUGGAGGACACAUCGCUGUGCUUCGACGCCCUGGGCGGCCUACCUGGGCCCUACGUCAAGUGGUUCCUUGACAAUAUUGGCUCCGAGGGACUCCAUCGCAUGCUCGCGGGCUUCGAAGACAAGCGUGCCGAGGCAGUGUGCACAUUAGGCUUUAGCGCAGGCCCCGAAAAGCCAGUGCGCCUGUUCCAUGGGCGCACGCGGGGCAUUAUAGUGGCACCACGAGGUAGCAACAACUUCGGAUGGGACACAUGUUUCCAACCGGAAGGGUUUAGCCGUACGUACGCCGAGAUGAGCAGUGCUGAGAAGAACGCCAUCUCUCACCGGCACAGGGCAGCGGAGGCGCUCCGCCAGUUCCUGCUCUCUCCGGAUGCUGCGCGCGAGUGCCCUGGAAGUGUGUGAUUGUUUUACAGUGGCAUAUACGUCAAUUUCCUCUGUAAAUUUUGUCGAUUGUCAACUGCCGUAUUUGUAGUAAUUGCAAGGAUUUCUAUUUCACUUGUCUCUGCAGUCCACUGGUGAGUUUACUGUUAGGUGUUCUGUUAAAAAAAAUUGCGUGUGUAGCAAAUUUACUGUAAUUUAAUCUAAAUCAAUGGGUAAUUGUUUCUGAAUUGUGGCUCGUUGAUUGCAACGUGUUUUUCAUGUGGUACGAUUACACUGGGGUAGGCAGAAAAAGGUCUGUGACCAAGGGCUGAGUGAAAGUUAUGUGAUGAUGAUGAUGACAAACUUUAUUCAAAGAUAGGCAGAGCUUGUGUGGAUUGCCCCCAAGGUGCUUUGCUGAUGGUUGGGGACCCUACUCCAGCGCACUUUUCUCUCUGCCAUCCCGAGCAGCCUCAUUUGGUCGUCGCGGGCCGAGCUGGACAGCAGUUCCUCCCAUUGCUAACUUGUGGUGUUCAUAUUGUGGUGUUCCAUGUUGUGUAGCACGCACUCCUACGUUAUGUGGUACAGUCAAAGCUCAAUAAAGCUUGUUGUUGAGCUAGUUGGUUAUUCAUCGUAUUGUAAAAUAAUUAGCGCAACCUUGACUCUCGCAAACACUCCCACAAACACUCACACAUCCACCUGAGUGUCGUGUGUGUUACUCGGGUGGAUGUGGCAGUGUUGGUGCAUUUGCGAGAAUCAAGGUUGCACUAAAUAUCUUACAAUAUAACAGUCAAAUCUCGUUAAUUGAGGACUUCACCGGAGAGAAUAAGCAAGUAUGAAUUAACUGUAUGCUGCAUAACGCCUCAUUUACAGUAUUAAGCAAACAGUAAAUAAAUGUCUGUUGCACUUACACCCUUCAUUUUCUUUAUAAGUACAUAUGUUCUCUACAUUUUGUUAAAGUGCCGUUUAAAAGCCACAAUAUUCGUCAUCCUAGGACUUUGCCAAUGUGGUUACAUAGUGAACAGACUCUCAUGUUUAAUUAGUUUGAACCUGCUUGGUACUCCUCCCUUAUUAUAUACCACCACCACGUACAAGUGGUGGUAUUCUUUCGCAGGUAAAAUGGCCGUCAACUGAUAAUUUGUUUAUCAUGAUGUAGCUGACUAUUUUUAUUCUAGCAUGGCAACCAUUUCUAAAAGCUCUUCAACAUUUUUCACUAUGUCUGAGUUUUAAGACAAUUCACAUACAUUGCCUCAAAUUAAAACAAAGCUGGAGAGUGCAGUAUCCACAUGUGGACAAAACUGUGGCCGCCAAGUGAUCAACAUAGCGAUGCAAGCAGCGCAGCCUUUCGUUUUUGGUUGUCUGGGAAUGCUGCUUUCACUGUACUGCACAGGACUUUUUCAAUGCUUCGCAGUUGACACGCUUGGAGAAUCAUCUGAAUUAACCGGGUUGCUGCCAAAUAUCACCGCAACAACGAGAGUUUGAUGGCAAUAAACUAUGCAUAUGCUCGUCGAAACAAGAGAACAUGUCUGAGUUAUCCAAAUUUUCGAAAUAAUAAGGGUAGAAUUCAUUAGCUUUUACUGUACGGGCAACGUUUAUAGAUUCUUUUUUCAUUUCCGAACUUCCCACUUCACCUACGGGGAGCAGGCGACCGGCUGCAGUUCUUGCCACCGCGGCACUGCAGUCGAACGUUGCGCCAAGCAAACGAAGGUCAUCUGCUAUAGCUAGGCGCAGUGUAGCCGAUGUGCAGCGCUCACACAAUGAUUUAGAGCCUCCUGCAGCAUCUUCUUGUUUUAGGCAUGAGGGGUAUAAUGUCAGGCCUAGAUGUGUGUGCAGCGUCUUUCUGGUUCUUCAAUAAAAUAUAAGCUCGUGUAAAUGUGGUUCUAGAUGAGCACAUGGAGCAUUUUCUGGAGUUGCAAAUACUACAGAGGCGGGCUGCAUACUCCUGAGGAGGAAGCCGGACAUCUAGAAGCUAGACGAGUUGGCUGACGGGGACUCCGAGCGGUGACCGAGCCAUGCAUCGCUGUGCCAAGCUAUAAAGUGCUAACUUUUCAUAUUGUUGUCUCUUUUCAUUACUUGCAAAAUUUUGCAAAUCUCAAGUUCCACCAAUAAAACUGUGACAGAAGAUAA